AUGAAGUUCCUCCUCCCCGUCGUCCUCGCGGGCGGCGCCAUCGCCCAGUCCGGCCCCUGGGGCCAGUGUGGUGGCUCGGGCUACAGCGGUCCGACCACCUGCGUCGCCGGCUAUACGUGCACCUUCUCCAACCAGUGGUACAGCCAGUGCCUGCCCGGCGCCGCUCCUCCCCCGGCCGCUACCACGACCCGGGCCGCCACGACCACCGUCGCUCCCCCUCCGGCCGUCACCACCACGCGCGCCACGACGACCACCGCGGCGCCUCCCACGACUCCCACGAACCCCGGCAGCGCUGUGUUCAAGUGGUACGGCACCAACGAGGCCGGCGCUGAGUUCGGCGAGAGCGUCCUCCCCGGCCAGUGGGGCAAGCACUACAUCUUCCCUGACACGUCGACCAUCUCGACCCUGCUCGGCCAGGGCUACAACACGUUCCGUGUUCAGUACAAAAUGGAGCGUCUCGCGCCCAACGGCAUCACGGGUGCCCUCGACGCCGCCUACCUGCGCAACCUGACCGAGGUGGUCAACUUCAUCACGGGCCGUGGUGGCUACGCCGUCAUCGACCCCCACAACUACGGCCGCUUCAACGGCGCCAUCAUCACGAGCACAUCGGCGUUCAAGACGUACCACCAGAACGUCGCCAGCCAGUUCGCCUCCAACAGCCGCGUCGUCUGGGACACCAACAACGAGUACCACUCGAUGGACCAGGCCCUCGUCGUCAGCCUCAACCAGGCCGCCAUCGACGGCAUCCGCGCCGCCGGCGCCACCCAGACUAUUUUCGUCGAGGGCAACCAGUGGUCCGGCGCGUGGAGCUGGGCCGACGUCAACGACAGCAUGAAGAACCUCGUCGACCCCCUCAACAAGAUUGUCUACCAGAUGCAUCAGUACCUCGACAGCGACAGCUCCGGCACCAGCCCCAACUGCGUCUCCUCGACCAUUGGCGUUGAGCGCGUCCGCUCCGCCACCAACUGGCUGCGCCAGAACGGCAAGGUCGGCAUCAUUGGCGAGUUUGCCGGCGGCGCCAACACGCAGUGCCGCGAUGCGGUCCGCGGCCUGCUCACCUUCCUCGAGGCCAACGCCGACGUCUGGCAGGGCUACCUCUGGUGGGCCGCCGGCCCCUGGUGGGACACCUACAUGUACAGCUUCGAGCCCCCCAGUGGCACUGGCUACCAGUACUACAACGCUCUGCUCAAGGAGUUCAUCCCUUAG